AUGACGACUUUGGUGCCAUUUCGACACUUAAUUCUCCUCUCAGCCAUAACUUUGACCAUUUACUCGACUUCUGUUUCAGCCUUCGCCUUCGGUUUCGGACCCGCCCAGCCCGGUUAUGGACGUCUAGCAACUCAAACCACCCGUGUCGACCGCAUCGACCGAGUGUCUCCUGAUUAUGAUUGCUACAGCCUUAUACAACCUCAGGCUAUCAGGUCAACAGACCAGGCCCAAGUCAAUCCUGGGGAACUUCAGGCUGUUGAGGCCGCUAUAACUGCAAAUUGGGCGGACACCACUCAGAUGGACGCUGUGGCCUUCUAUACAACUCCGGAUUGCAGAGAAGAUAGUAAAGCAUUGAUUGUUCGGUGGUUUAGCGACAAAAAGUUGCCCCAGAUGUCCUACUUAGCCGCCGGAUUCGAGGGGAAUCGGGUUCCAAGAAGGUUAACAGCGUAUCGACCCAUUACUAUACCACCAGGCCCAGCGUCUGAAGAAGAUUAUGAAUUAGCAAGCGUCGAUUUCGAAGCUGCAAUUCUCCAGAAUCCGGGAUUGAUGAAGCCUGGAUCCGUGUUUGCACCUCGUACGACCCGCCGUUCUUCCGUGACUUAUUGUGAUGGUCUUGUUCGCUUUGCACAGUUUGGAGAAAGAUCUAUUCGAGCACUUGGUGGUAUAGCAAAAGAGUAUUUUCAGAACAACCCUGACGCGGUUGAGGUUCCUGAUGAUCAAGAUUUCGCCAAUUGGCCACAGUUGGAACAGUUGAUCCACAAGGAAUUGCAACAGUUACUUACGGGGGCAACUUCGUUGCAGAAUAGGCCUAGGAGUAGGAAUGCCGUGUUUGUGCCAGGGAGUUUCAACUGUAACGGGUUACAAAAGGUGGCUUACGUCGACCAUAGACCGGCCCUAGGUGGAUUAACACAAAGUGGUAUGGAAGAAGAGACUGAGGUUGUCCAGCACGAUGAAGUGGUACUUGACUCGGGUCAAGUCAAUCCAUCACGUAUACGUGGACAAGGAAACACUGGACGAAAUAUUAUAGAUCCAGAGGAGGAAGAUGAUACACGGUAUGGAGAUUUUAGGAUAGAUACGGACAGCGAAUCGUCGGAGCGAGCCGCCUCGGAUAUGCUUUUCGGAUCCUCUAGAGAGCGACCUCAGGGGCCGAAUCUGAAUCCUGGUUCGGGUAGCAUUGUCCAGGCUACCACAGCGCCUGCUACAAGUCAGGGCCAACAGAGCGAAGGGCAGCCAAGAAUAGGCGGGAUUAGAGGACUUAGAGCCAAGAGGAAGAAGGAAGCCGCGGCUCGUUCUAGGCCCGCGGGGACUGAGACUGUAGUUAACCUGGAUAACGAAGAUGAAGCUGAAAUUGCACCUAUGAAGGUGCAGGUGAGCGAAGGGAAUCUAGAAGAUCAAGGGUUCAACGUACGUCGAUUAGGUGACCUUGACCGUUCUGCAGAUCCCGAAUACGAACUCCUCAGAGCGUCACAACAGCAAGAUAACAUCUUCGGUCCCAUCAGUUCGUUUGCAUCACGUCAAGCGCAAACUUUUAACACUCAAAAUUAUAACUACCCUCGCAGAGGGGAGGGCACCAACCUUGAGCAAUUGAGAGGGGUGGUUAAUCUAUUGAAGCAACAGUUCUUCCCCUCGGGAUUCCCUGCGCUCCCGGGUAGCCAGGGCCAGAGUGAAAAUAACGACCGCCCGAAGAUACAUAUUCCUAUCCCAAGGUAUACGCGUAUCCAAGAAGAAAAGGUACAAAUUCCACCACUGGCACAAGGUAUAAAAAAUAGCGUUGAUACGUCCGCGCAACAACCAUCGGAAUUUCUUAGAGAUCUGAAUGAGAUAUGGCUCGAGUAUGGGGGUCAGGAGCCAGCAAUACCGGUUGUGAUUAGUGACAUGCUGUCUGAUAACUUGCAGCCACCACCUGGAAGAUAA